AUGGCUCCGCCGGGCAGCACUCUGACGGAGGGGUCCCCACUGACCCCUACGCCCAGCCCGGGGUGGUCGAUCCUCGGCCCCAGCACUGCAGAACCUGGGCCUCUGCAUCCGGAGGGGGGCGCGGGCGCAGGCAGCAAAGCCAGGGCCCAAUACAAAGCACUGAAACACUGGAAGAGCGGUUCCAAUCCGAGUACUGAGGGAAAAGUGGCGCUCUGUGAUGACUCUCCGUGGGUUUGCCACUACAAGCGAUCCACCUUUGCAUGGACCUUAAGAACUCUUCACGGCAGGAACAAUGUGGACAUUGUUUGUCUUGAGAUGGCAGCCGUCCAAGUCAUGACCGAGCGAGGCUCAGGAGGUCACCUGGACCUGACGGAGUUAAUUGGCGUUCCCCUCCCUCCCUCCGUCUCCUUCGGCCCCGGCUAUGAGGGCCUGCCAGCCUACAACUUCGGGCCCAACGCCAACAUCGGCCGCCUCACCAAGACCUUCGUGCCAGGGUCCUUCUACAGGGACUUUGCCAUCAUCGUCACGGUGCGUCCGGCCUCUCAGAGGGGAGGCGUGCUCUUCGCCAUCACGGACGCCCGUCAGAAGGUGGUGGAGCUGGGUCUGGCCCUCACUCCGGUGCGCGGGGGCCUCCAGAGCAUCUUACUGUACUACACUGACAGGGAGCAGGCCUCCCACAGCCACAAGGCCGCGUCCUUCAGCGUCCCAGACAUGACCGACCAAUGGACACGAUUCACGGUGGUGGUGGAGCAUGAAGAGGUGCGUCUCUACACGGACUGCGGCGAGGCCGAGAGGACCACUUUCCACCGGAGGCCCGAGAGACUCAACUUCUCGCACAACUCGGGCGUCUUCGUAGCCAACGCGGGGAGCACGGGGCUCGACAAGUUUGUGGGAUCCAUUCAGCAGCUGGUGAUAAAAGAUGAUCCCAGAGCAGCUGAGGAGCAGUGUGAAGACGAUGAUCCUUAUGCCUCGGGAUACACCAGUGGAGAUGACGCUCUGGACGACAGAGAGGAGGAGAUGAUGAAGAAAACCCACGAGAGAAAACAUGGCACGGCACAGGCGGAGGACAGUGUUCCAGUAAGAGCUCCGCCCACUAAGGCUCCAGAGGCGGAGCUUGACGAGUACUCCGGUCACCAGACCCCAACAGAGGCCAAUGAAGACAUGCUGAUCAGAGGGACGCACCAGACGGAGGAGCCGGGGGAGAGGUCAGGAGAUGGUCAUAUCAGGCAUGGGUCAAAGGGAGAGCGUGGAGAGCCUGGACCAAGAGGCCCAACUGGCCCACCCGGUCACCCAGGAUCCAGCCCUCUACCUGGGCAAGCUCAGCCCGGUCCAAGAGGGACACAGGGACCACCAGGAUCUCCUGGAUCCCCAGGACUGUCAGGGAGAGACGGACAGCGGGGAAGCAAGGGUGAUGAAGGAGAUCCAGGUCAGAGAGGAUCUGAGGGAUUUACAGGUUUGGCUGGAGAAGCAGGAGCUAAAGGAGAGAAGGGAGACCCCGGAGUUGGUCUACCAGGUCCUCCUGGCCUCCCUGGGACUCCUGGACCCCCCAGAUCCCGCAGUGUGCCUUACGGAGCGGAUGCCCUGGGCUCUGGGUUUGAAGACCUGGACAGCGAAGCUGAGCUCAUCAGGGGUCACCCUGGUCUCCCGGGGCCUCCGGGACCUCCUGGUCCGUCGGGACCCCUGUCAUCAUCGGACACAGGGGAAGGUCUCUCUCCAGGGCACGCCGGACCACCCGGGUCCCCCGGCAGAGACGGGCUCCCAGGCAAACCUGGAAUAGCAAUGUUUGAUGAGGAUUGGUUUAGUGGUUCUGGGCCCGAUGGUUCAGGUUUGAGCACGGGGCUCUCCUAUGACCUCGGCUCUGGUUUCAGCUCCGGGUUCACUCCCGAGUCCAGCUUUGCCUCUGGUUCUGGGCUUGACUUUGGGUCUGCUUGGGGUUCGGGCGAGGGUCCAGCAGGAAAAGAUGGGGAUCCAGGUGUACCAGGAGCUGUGGGAGAGAAGGGUAACAAAGGGUUAUCUGGGCCAUCUGGACCAAAGGGUGAAUGUGGAUCUCAGGGUUCAGCAGGGUCUCCAGGGCCACGAGGGCCAAGUGGUCCACAGGGGAAGAGAGGCCCAUCGGGUCCCCCGGGACCCCCCGGCCCUCCAGGAACCAAAUUCUUUGUCGAGGAUAUGGAGGGGUCUGGGAAGAGUGACAUGCUCAUUGGAGCUGGAGUCAGAGGCCCACAGGGUCCCCCCGGCAUACCUGGACCACAGGGUACCAAGGGUGAGGAUGGAGCCACAGGUGCUCCAGGAAUCUCUGUCAAGGGUGAGCCAGGGGACCCGGGACCAGAGGGUCUUCAAGGUCCUGCUGGACUACCAGGCGCUAGGGGGGCCAAAGGAGAAAAGGGCCAUCAAGGACUCAAGGGUGAUCGUGGUGUUGAUGGACUCAGUGUCCUAGGACCACCUGGGCCUCCUGGAGCUCCCGGACCUUUCGUCAAUCUGUCGGACCUGCUGCUCAAUGUAACGGACGGCAUCUUCAACUUCUCAGAGAUCAGAGGACCACCGGGGCCCGGGGGCCCCGAAGGCUUGCCUGGCAGAGCUGGAUUUCCUGGCCCCAGGGGACCAAAGGGAGACAUCGGCCCUGAAGGUGUCCAGGGACCAGCCGGGUUCAAGGGAGAGAAGGGAGAGCCGGGCGUGACCAUUGCUGCUGACGGAUCCCUCUUAUCAGCGCCAAAGGGCCCACAGGGGCCCAAAGGCAUCAAGGGUGACCGUGGGUUCCCUGGUCCUGUCGGACUUAUGGGCCCAAUAGGACCAUCUGGACAAAAAGGAGAAUAUGGCUUCCCUGGUCGUCCUGGACGGUCGGGUAUGUCUGGGAGGAAAGGUGACAGAGGAGAUUCUGGCGGCCUACAGGGACCUCCUGGUCCUCCGGGCCCACCUGGACACCCAGGAAGAGUUAUUGGGCUCAAAGGAACAGUGUUUCCGGUGCGCCCCAGACCGCACUGCAAAAAGGGACGAGACGCAGUGACAGGGGGAGAUGCAGUCGGGGUUAAAGGAGAUAAAGGAGAUGUGGGAAUAGCUGGAGAGCCAGGCACACCUGGUACAUUUUUCUUCUCAGCACCCGGGUUUCCAGAAGGAAUUGUGGGUGCUCAAGGUGAUCAGGGAUACCAAGGUCAGAAGGGAGAGAAGGGUGACGACAGUGUGCCGGGUCCUCCAGGACUGCCCGGGAGGUCAGGUCUUGUGGGCCCAAAAGGUGAGUCCAUCGUCGGCCCUUCAGGACCGGUCGGUCCCAGGGGUCAACCCGGAGCCCCUGGGUUCGGACGACCCGGUCCCCGAGGGCCCCCCGGCCCUGCUGGACCCCCAGGAACUGCACCUGCAUAUGGAUCAGGCGCCAGUAUCCCGGGCCCCCCUGGGCCACCCGGCCCAACGGGCUCUCCAGGAAAUGACAACCCUGUGACGAGCUAUAAGACGAGCCACGCCCUGAGCAGAGAGAGCCAGCGGGCGGCCGAGGGAACCCUGGCCUAUGUGUCUGAGAAGGGAGGAGAGCUGUACAUCAGAGCACGCGGCGGCUGGCGGAAGAUCCAGCUCGGAGAGUUGAUCCAAUCCGGACCGUCCACCUCGUCCACGUCUCAGACCCUCAGCAGACCUGGAGACUUGAGCAGACCGCACAGGAGCCAGAGCCACAGCCGGGAGCUUCAAGAGGGCAGCAGAGGAUAUCAGCCCAGCUAUAACGUGCUACCGCAGACCUUCAACGCUGUGCCUGGGCUCCACCUGGUGGCCCUGAACGCCCCGCUGAGAGGGGACAUGCGCGGCAUCCGGGGGGCGGACUUCCAGUGCUACCAGCAGGCCCGCUCCAUGGGGCUCACCAGCACCUACAGGGCCUUCCUGUCCUCACACCUGCAGGACCUGGCCACGAUCGUGAGGAAGGCGGACCGCAGCGACAUGCCCGUGGUGAACCUCAGGGGGGAAGUGUUGUUCAGCAGCUGGAUGUCCAUCUUCUCUGGGAACGGCGGCGAGUUCAACCCCUCCACCCCCGUCUACUCCUUUGACGGGCGCGACGUGAUGUCGGACUCGGCCUGGCCGGAGAAGCUGGUAUGGCACGGCUCCAGCGCGGUGGGCAUCCGUCAGACCACCAACUACUGCGAGGCGUGGAGGACGGCUGACGUGGCGGUGACGGGCCAGGCCGCGCUGCUGCAGACGGGACGCCUGCUGGGACAACACACCCGCUCCUGCUCCAGCCACUACAUCGUGCUGUGUGUGGAGAACACGUAUGUGGGGAACGGCCAUCAGAGGAGGACCUGA